CCCUUAAACAUUCUUGAGGUAAUCAGAUCUGUGAUCACAGACGUCCAGACCGCACCGGAUCCAUAGCAAAGCUGGACUGUUUUAUUUCACGGCAAAAGGGGCUUUCUGAAAAAUUCUCAAAGCUGAUCUCGUGAUAAGGAGUACAAAGGUACCAGACGAAUCAACGUAUGCUUCUAAACGGAUCCUAAACAUCCAUCCAACCAGCCUAACAUCAGAUUUCAAAAUGCGGAUUUUUAAACAAAAGAAGUUUUACAUUGUGGUUCUGCUGAGCUUAAUCUGCAUUUGUACUGUGACUAUACCUAAAGAAUCUUAUGAAAAUAUCAUUGAUUUUAUGAACAAUACCAUGGCGGAGCGUAUCUUUCAUAAAGAACCCUGUGCAUGUAUGGAAAGAUGUUUGACGGCAAAUGAUGAUGAGUGGUUUAUGGAAGUCUUCAGAAAAGAUAUUCCACCCCUUCUCUCUCUUGAAAACAGCGAGCUGCCUGACGACAUAUUUAAGUGGUGGCAGCGUUUACAGUCAACCAAGAGCAAGGCUAAAUACUCUGACGUAAUUAAGGAGCUGUUUGCAGUCAUUCCUGGAGAAGGACACUACAGAGAUGCCGGUCCAGAUCGCUGCAGAACCUGUGCUGUGGUGGGAAACUCUGGCAACCUUUUAGGGUCACACUAUGGUCCUCUUAUAGACAACAAUGAUUUUGUUAUCAGGAUGAAUAAGGCACCAAUUGAAGGCUUUGAGAAUGACGUGGGGUUCAAGACUACCCACCGGAUCAUGUACCCAGAAAGCGCCACCCAUCUGGACAACACCACCCACCUGGUGCUAUUGCCCUUUAAAACACUGGAUAUCCAGUGGGUCGCCAGUGCUCUAUCCACUGGAACUAUCAAACGAACCAGAUUUAAGGUUAUAGACAAGAUACAAGCCAACAAGGACAAUGCGAUGGUUAUUCACCCUGCUUUUAUGCGUUACGUGCACAAUACGUGGCUGCACAUCAAGUCUCCAAGAUCUUAUCCAUCCACAGGUUUCCUUGUGCUGAUGUUUGCCUUACACAUCUGUGAUGAGGUCAAUGUGUUUGGGUUUGGCGCAAACAGUAAAGGGACUUGGCACCACUAUUUCGAGAAGUUGCCCAAGAAUUUCAAACGCACUGGAAAACACAAUGGAAACUCAGAGUACAAAAUUAUCUUGGAUCUUCACAAAAAGAACAUAAUUACUCUUUACCCUGGAUGGUGAGAAGGACUAUAUGAGUCUGAGUCUGGCCAGUAAUAUGAAUGUGUAAUUAAAUUAACUUGAACUCUAUUUAUGUCAUUGAAUGUUCUGUUGUUUCUUUCUUUCUUUCUUUCUUUCUUUCUUUCUUUCUUUCUUUCUUUCUUUCUUUCUUUCUUUCUUUCUUUCUAUCUAUCUGUCUGUCUGUCUGUCUGUCUGUCUGUCUGUAUAAAUAUAUAUGGUGUCAAAUUUCAUAGUCAAAAUCUGUGAUUAAUCGCGAUUAACUACAAGAAAUAUGCGAUUAAUCAUGAUUUUAAAAAGCCAUAAUAUAUGCUGUAUAUAUAUAUAUAUAUAUAUAUAUAUAUAUAUAUAUAAAAUUAUAAAAAGAAAUGCAAAUGGUAGACCGGUCAGUGCAAAUGACUUAAUAGUAUAAACAGAAAAUACAGAAGGUGCUUAACAAUGAAUGAGGUAGAAAUGGCAGGUAAUUAUUACAGUGCAAAUGAUUUGUAAUAAAUGUCUGAAUAUGUACAAUGGUCAUGCAAUGUUGAAACAUACAGCAAUGAUAGGGAAAAAAGCAUGUUUAAGAGUCAAGUAUAACAGAAGUAGUACAGUAAUGAAAUAUAGUGUAAUAAGUUUUUAAAUGUGCAGUUUAUUUUUUUUUCUUUUUUUUUUUUUUUUCAGUUUUCCCUCUUUGGGUUGUAAUGUUGCCUCAGGCUGACAGCUGAGGGGGGAAAUCGGUUUAUGAGUCUGCUGGUUCACAGUGGAGACUCCUGUAGUGUUU